AUGGAAUUGCCCAGGGCCUCGUCAUGGGCAUCGAGCCCGACCGCGAAGCUGUACGAAGCGGGUGCUCCGCAGCAGCAGCUCUUGCAGCCAAAGGAGCAGCACGACGUUCGCGACGUGGGCUCUCCCGCACUCUCGGGGGGCGUCGUUUCGUCGCCGUCGCCGGAACCGUACCACCCCUGCUCGCUGCUCCCGCUGCAGCACCAGCACCAGCAACUGCAGGACGUCUUAGACUGGCCCGCCUCGCCGCGCUUGGGAGGCUUGCAGGCGCCGCCCACCAGGGCUCUUUCACCGAUGGCCGCCAGCCUGCAGAGCCUAGUCGAGGAGGUCGCCGGCGGCGGGGGGGUGUCGAACUGCUUCGACCUGGCGGAUGCAGCGGCGGAGGCAGCGGCCGCAGCUUUUUCGCAUACGGCCACCGUUUCCCGCGCGAGCGGAUCCAAGAAUCUCGUCUUUCCCGCGGCGGCGGCGGCGGCGGCGGCGGCGAAGGUGGGCACGGCUGCUGCGGCCAUCGUCCCUCGGGGCGUCCUCGAGAAGGUUUCGCUAGGGAAGCAGCUCCUGGUUUCGCCGGAAUGUUCCUCGCCGGUAGCGGCGGCGGCGGCGGCGGCGGCGGCCGCAACGCCGGUGUCUCCUCCAACGAGUCCUCCACAAACGCAGCAGCAGCAGCAAGCGCCGAAACGGAAGCAGAGACCGGCGGUCGGCAGCGGCAAGCCCACCAAGAAGGUCGCCGGCAAUGGGCCGAAGAAGCAGAAGAAGCAGCCGCUGCAGGAGCAGAAGAAUCCCAGCCCCGGGCAGCUCAAGAUCAAGAUCGCAAGGAAGGCGAAGGCGCUCGGAACUGGUACCCCCGAGGCCCCCGCGGCGGCGGCUGAGGGGAGGCCGAGGAAGGCCGCUCGCACGGCGGCGACCUCGAUGGCUAAGAGCCCGCCGAAGAGCGGCGGCGUUAGGAAGGCGGCCGGUCGCGGUGGCGGAUCAAGCACAAAGAGGGUCAAGGUGUCCCCGAGCAAUGGUAGCCCAGCGCCGGCUUCCCCUGCCGUUGCCGCCGCCGGCAAGGACGGCGACCGUUUUCUGGACGACAAGACCAGGCGCAGCCGGGAGAAGAACCGCGACCACAGCCGCAGGUCUCGCCAGAGGAAGAAGGCUCAGCUGGAGGGUCUCAAGCAGGCGUCUAUCGACCUGGGCCCGUACCGCAUGCUCGUGGAGCAAGCGCACGACAUGAUCUCGGUGCACUCCGCGGACGCAGAUGCCUUCUUCGCGCUGGCCUCGGGAGCCUUCUACCGGCAGCUCGGAUUCGAACCCACGAAGAUGCUGGGCGCGUCGCUGCUUGACCUGGUGGAAACCAAGGACGUGCAGGCCGUGGUCCAAGCCAUCAUGGACACUCUCAGCCGCGGAGGAAUCAAGCAGGUGCAGUACCGUAUGCGCCCCCCAAGCGACGGCGACGCCGUCGAAGUGGAAACCUCCUUCCGCAUGGCGUCUAGGCGCCUCCUGGCAAUCACGAGGAUCGUGGGCGCCGGCGUCCCUCGCUCCGUGUCUCCGGCCAAGGUACCGCUUCUUGUCCCUGCUGCGCCUAGCGGCGGCGGCGGCGGAGGGAUUUCGCCGGCGGUGCCGGAGGCAAAGGAGCUGGGGUUGGGCUCGAGUGGGCCUCGCGGAUUUUGCUAG